GGCCUAUAUGUGAAUCCAGACCCACAGCAAUGUGGUUGACUCUUAACUGCUGUCUGGGCACUAAGUGCUGACACUAGCCGAUGGCUCCCUUAUCCCGUGAAUGAAUUUUUAACAAAAUGAGGAUCGUAGAGCUACAAACAGGCCCUUCGGCCCAACCCGUCCAGGCUUCCUAAACUGAGCGAGCCCCUCUGAAUUCCUUCCGAUCCUGUGCAAAUGUCUCCUGCUGCAAUUUCCUUUGGUUCUAACCGGUGUGUUCCUCUCUGUUUCCGCGCACCUCCUCGCCACUUCAUCCCUCCCUCCCUCCUCUGCUGGGCGAUGGGGCGGGGCACAAUGCCAGGCGAAACGUGGAACCCCCUGAAGCUGAACUACCAGAUUCGCAACGUGCGAGAGCGACUGGCCAAGAGCCUGGUGGAGAAAGGGGUGCUGACGACAGAGAAGCAGAACUUCCUGCUUUUCGACAUGACCACGCACCCGGUGACCAACGACACCCUGAAACAGCGGCUGGUCAAGAGGGUGCAGGGCGCCUUCCUGGACAAGUGGGUCCGCGAGCCUCAGCACAUGGAGAGACGGCUAUUGGCACUGGUUCUCCUGGCCUACAGCUCCGAUGUGCUGGAGAACGCCUUCGUCCCGCUGAUGGAUGACCAGUAUGAGUUGGCCACCAGCCGCUCGCGCGAGCUCUUGGAACUCAACCCCGAGGUGGAGUCUGCCAAACCCAACGCCGACGAGAUGAUCUGGGCUGUCCUGGCAGCCUUCACCAAGUAGCCCCUUGCUCGCGCUCCACCUCCACCCGUCCUGCCACGCGGUGGAGGCGUUCGGGGGAUUGCGGGGGGGUGGCGUUGGUGGCGGUGGGGGGCAGUGUGGUGGGUAAAGGGGUUCAAUGAAUAUACAGCCAGUACGCCUCUUUCCCCCCACCCCUGUCUGAUGCCCUCUGGAUGUUGGCAGGGGUGCCAGUCACGGUUGGGUUGCUAACUCUUUGCUUUCCCUGUUGGGGGAUGGAUUUGUUGAGCCCAUUGCCCGUCCUGCUCAUUUCCCUCCCUCGUGUUGGGUCAGGCGAAUGGAAUGAGGGGCAACUUGGUGGGGGGGGGGUAGAACAAAAGAAUGGAUUUGCUUCGCUAAGCCAGUUGAAGGCCUUUAUCUAUUCCUCUGUUUCCCACCACCUCUCCGAAACCAAAUCCCACUUUGUCUGACUUGACCAUCGAGCACUUGGUGUCAGCUGGGGUGGUGGCCAUUUUUGAUGUUGGUGCCAACUGAGGUGGUGGCCAUUUUUGCUGUCAAUUGGAUGGUGGUGGCCAUCUUUGAUUCAACUGAGGUGGCGGCCACUUUUGUUGUCAAUUGGAUGGUGGCAGCCAUCUUUGAUUCAACUGAGGUGGUGGCCAUUUUUGCUGUCAACUGGAUGGUGGUGGCCAUCUUUGAUUCAACUGCGGUGGUGGCCAUUUUUGCUGUCAACUGGAUGGUGGUGGCCAUCUUUGAUUCAACUGGGGUGGUGGCCAAUUUUGUUAGCAACACUGCAGUACUCGGGCACACCCCCCUCCCGUUUCUGGCAGGGUGCAGUACUGCAGAGGUAGCAUAUCAGAGCCCUUCCUUUCUUACUUGCGGGAUGUUUCUCCUCAGACCUUGCCUCUCCCCAUCCUGGGGGGAGGAUGAUUAAAACUCUAAUCUGAUGCCUUAUGAUGAUCUUUACUAUUGGGUGAGGUGCAAUUUCUUUGGGUGCAGAUUUUUCUUUCUUUCUUUCUUUUCCGUAGAAAUGGUCCGAGACCCUGAGAUAGGAUUUGUUUACAUUCAAAUAAUGUCCAACCCCACCCCCUCACCGGGUCCUCUGGAAACCUGCUCCCACCCUGCUCCCCAGGCUUGCUGUCUUUUCUUGGCUUUCUCUCUCUCUCUCUGUGUCUCUGUCUCUCCCUUUCUCUGUCGGUCUCUCUCUCUGUCUCUGUCUCUCUCUGUCUCUCUCUCUCUCCCUCUCUGUGUGUCUCUCUCUCUCUGUGUCUCUGUCCGUCUUGUGCUCUGUCUGUCUUCUGCUCUUUGUCUCUAUCUGUCUCUCUUUUCCUUCCUUUCUCUCCCCUCUCUUUCCCUCUCUCUCUAUCUGCUUUCUCCCUCUCUGUCUCUGCUUUCUCCCUCUCUCUCUCUUUUCCCUGCUUCUCUCUUCCUCUCUAUUUUCUCUGCUUUCUUCCCCCCUCUCAUCCCCUGUUUUCACUUUUUUUUUAAUUCUCUCUACCUCUUUUCUCUGAAUUUUCUCUCUCUUCCCGCUUGCUCAAUCUCUCUCUCUCUCUCUCUCUCCUUUCCCCACUUUCUCACCCACCAUCUCUGUCUUCCCCGGUUUUCUUUUCCCCUGUCCACUUCUCUUUCUGCCCUGCUGUCUCUCUCUCUCUCCUUUUACUCCCACUUCCCUCUACAAACGAGCAUUUUCUGGGCCAGCUCGCCUCGCCUCCCGUUCCAAUCCAACACCUCCCCACCCCCCGUCACACGGUGGGGGGUAAGGGUGGCUGGGGGGAGCUGGCGCCAGUCGGAAACUCGCAUCUCUUCCUUCCGAACCCCACGGCAGCAGCGCCAUGGGAGGGGCAGAGCUGCCCUAACGCCAUGGCAGUUGAAGUUGGGGCGGUGGGUAGGGGGGGGUGGUGGUUGUUGGUUGGUGGUGGUGGAGGGGCAGGGUCGGUGAGCAUGGUCCGAUCCCGUCUGCCCUGCACCGAGGGGUUUGUGGGUGGGGUCCUGUUCCCAUCAAAACCGCUUCUACCCUCUCCCUUCCCACGCAGCAUUCCAAUCCGCAACUCCUGAGGGAGGGCUGAGGCUCCCACUACAUCCUCAACGCACACGACAAUCCCAUUCCGGAGGGUGGGAAGUUUAAACCGGGCUGGGGGGGCAGGUCUGGAAGUUUAUACCCUGUUCUGGUACAGUUUUGACCCAAGUACUUCAGUUUGCUGUUAGCAUUUUGUUAACAUUCACUACCUUUUUUUUUCUCUGUCUUAAUGGUUCAUAAUGUAAUCAUUGACACGGUGUAAAAUAAAUUCCGACUCGUUUAA